CGCUCCCGUUCUAGCCGCAGCGUUCCGUUCCCAUGGCAACCCCAUUGUCUCCCAAGCCGGAACCCCGGCAGCCCGCGCUAAAGGCUGACCUAGCCGGAGCGUCUCGCUUCCGCAAGACACCCUUGAGGCGCCCUGAACGAGGUCUGCCCAGGCCUGGACGCUGCCGCCGCCCGAGGAAGCCGAGCUGCCCGGCUGAGCGAGACGGAGAGGCUAGUUUCGGGGCGUGGCUUCCUCUGCCCUCCGCCAGGAAGAAGAUGCGAGCUAGUCCCAUCCGAAUCCCAACUGCCAGCAAUGAUAUUGACUGGGACUUCUGCUUCCAUCUGUCACAGCAGACCAAGAUCCCAGCACACCAGCAAACAGAUGACUUGUAUCCCACUAGAGAAUCUGAAGAGAGUGAAGACGGCACUAACGCCAAGAGGACCACAGACUGCAUGUACCUUCCCAGAGAGAAAUUAGUCCAGUCGCAGAGGAAAACAGCUCAGCUGAUUAAGGAAAAAAUGAAUACCCAAGCAAGCAAGGAGCUGAUUCGCUGUGCCAUCCUUUCUCGGAUUACUUUUGGGGAAGAACACUGGAAGUGUGCACAGGCUUUGGUCAGUCUGGCUUAUGGCUACCUGACACUCAGAGUACAAGGUACAGAAGGCACAGUCUUUGCCUUCAGAGAAGUGACAACCUCAUGUAGAAGAGCCUCCUUGGCCAUCCACAGGUUGAACCUAGCCCUGGCAUAUUUUAAAAAGGCAGUUGGCAACAUUGUUGCUACCAAGGGCAACAGGACUUCAGAUCUGGUCACUCUGUACAAGGAAAUGGCUCAGAUUGAGCAGCUGAGGAGGAACCACGACCAGGCCAUCCAGUACUUGCAGCAGGCCCAUUCUAUCUGUGUUUCUUUGUUCACUGAAGUCAGCCCCCAAACUGCAGAGGCGAGCGCGUUACUAGCCAAGGCUUAUGCCAUGUCUGGAGAGGCCCGACACAUGGAUGUCGCUGAGAUAUAUUUUAUAAAAAGUAUUAGUGCAUAUCAAAUGACAUUGGGCCCAGAGGAUUGUGAAACACUGAUGGCAAUUGAAGAAUUUUACAAGUGGCUAGUCCAUAAUGGUGAAGAAGAGCAUGCUGUUGGCAUUGUAAACAAAAAGGGCAAGAUUUUUGCCAAGAGAAUUCAUGUUUAUAUUGAGCAUAUUAAGCACUCUAAGAGCCAAGAUCAGUUCCUCAAAUGCAUCAAAGAAAAUGAUCAGAAAAAGAAGGAAGCCAAAGAAAACGAUACCUGA